AUGGCCCCACAUUUGACAGAUUCCAUCCCCGUCACUGACGACGGGUUCUCCAGUAAGCCACAUGAUGCAAGCCGACUGAACGGACCUCUCAAGUACUCGGGUAGUCUGGAUCAGUAUGAGGCGUUUGACCUGACUGCGGCCAUUGGACGCGAAUUCUCGAUGGUCCAAUUGAGCGAGAUCUUGCACGACGAUGUGAAGAUCCGGGACUUGGGUGUUAUGGUCUCCCAACGUGGAGUGGUGUUCUUUCGCAACCAGGACCUGAACAUCGAGGAUCAAAAGGCCUUGGCUGUCAAACUCGGACAUCUGACUGGGAGGCCUGAGACUUCGUACCUCCAUAAACAUCCUCUAGCGAACAGCAAACGUGGGGUUGCGGUUGAUAAAGAUGGAAAGGUUGAUGAUGAAGUCACGAUCAUGUCUUCCGAGCAGAACAAGAAGUACUACAAAGAUCGAUGCGGGCCCACGACGAAGAGGUUGGCAAGUGAGGGAUGGCAUUCUGAUAUCACCUUCGAGCCUGUGCCAUCCGACUAUGCUAUUUUGAAAAUUGUCACUCCUCCAGAUGAUGCUGGAGGAGAUACUCUCUGGGCAUCUGGAUAUGAAGCCUACGACCGACUCUCACCGGCGUGGAAGAAAUUCGCUGAGGGCCUGACAGCCACUCACUAUCAGCCCGCAUUCAAUGAGGCAGCGAAGGGUCAGAACAUGGAGCUGAUUACUGAGAACCGUGGUAAUCCGGAGAAUAGCGGCGUAGAUUUCAAGGCUUCCCACCCUGUCGUGCGCACCAACCCUGUAACUGGGUGGAAGAGUCUGUUUGCGGCCGGAUUCCAGGUCCGUGCAGGUUGGAUCGACGGCGUGACAGACUUUGAAAGUGAGAUGUUGAAAUCGUAUUUCUUGAAGUUGAUCUCCGAGAACCAUGAUCUCCAGGUCCGGUUUCGUUGGAGCAAAAAUGACAUCGCUAUCUGGGACAACCGGUCCGUUUUCCAUACUGCCACAUAUGACUAUACCGGGUUACGACAGGGAAACCGCGUAGUCUCACUAGGAGAGAGGCCGUUUUAUGACCCACAUUCAGUGUCACGGAGGGAGGCACUUGGUUUGGCCAGUUAG